UGACAGAUAGAAUGACAGUUAAUGUCAAGUGACAUAACAUUGACGCGUUUACUUUUUGUUGUAUUUUGCUCGAAAUGUAGGACGUUUUAAUGAUAAAUUGUGUCUAAAUAAAAAUUAUGGCUUCCUCUAAAGAGAGAGAGGUUGAUGUUUCACCUGCUACCUCAACAACUUCAGUGAAAUCGCAGUUCUUUGAUAGAUCUCCGUCCGUUUCAUCAUCAAGGGAAGAUAAAUGGCCGGAACUUUUGUUAUCCAGGCCGGACAAGUCCUAUUACUACAGUUCUAAGACACGGGAUCCUGUUGUGAUUGAACGCAGCAAUCUUGUGAACAUCUCGAAACUAAUUGUGAAGGAGCUGAUCGAACAAUCUCUCCGCUAUGGUAGGAUGCUUGACAGUGAUCACUUGCCCUUGCACCACUUCUUCAUUGUGCUCGAGCACGUUAUGCGUCAUGGACUCAAACCCAAGAAGGGAUUACUUGGACCCAAAAAAGAGCUAUGGGACAUCUUGCAAAUGGUUGAGAAAUAUUCUCCGGAAGCCGCUGACAUUACGGCUAGCGUCAGAGACCUCCCCACUGUUAAGACCGCAAUGGGUCGUGCUAGAGCUUGGUUGAGGUUGGCUUUGAUGCAAAAACGCCUGGCCGACUAUCUUCGUAUUCUCUUGGAACACCGUGAAGAUACGUUGGAAGAAUACUUUGAGCCCCAUGCUCUGAUGCUUAACGAAGAAGCUGUCAUCAUUACUGGCCUCCUAGUAGGCCUUAACGUUGUCGAUUGCAAUUUGUGUGUGAAGGAGGAAGAUCUAGACAGCCAACAAGGCGUAAUAGAUUUCUCGCUUUAUUUACGCGGCAGUAAUUCGUCCAAUGACCUAGCCGGCAAUGGUAACGGUGAUUCAGAACCGAAACAACGCCAUAUCAACACAAUGCUAGACCAGAAGAAUUAUAUCGAGGAGCUAAACAGACAUCUCAAUGCGACAGUAGCAAACCUCCAAGCUAAGGUUGAGAGUUUGACAACAACGAACGCAUUAAUGAAGGAAGACUUGGCAAUAUCCAAAAACACGAUGAUUCAAUUAGUUGAGGAAAACAAUCAACUAAAACAUGCUCUUGGGCAAGACAUAACCAAAGAUACUAGGAUGAAAGUGACGGAAUUGCAGUCUGAUGAAGAGGAGAAACGCAGCGUCAAGAGCGUAGCUUCUGAUAAAUCCAAAAAUGAUAGUGAGGCCAGCAAAAAUUUGGAAGAAGAAAGGAAGAAGUAUUUGGAACUGCAAAGAGAACUGGAUUUACAGAUUUCACUUAAAGCAGAAAUGGAGGUGGCAAUGAAAUUGCUAGAGAAAGAUAUACACGAUAAACAAGACACGAUUAUAUCGUUGAGAAGACAACUCGACGACAUAAAACUAAUCAACCUAGAGAUGUACAAAAAAUUACAGGAAUGUGAAAGUUCCUUGAAACAUAAAACUGAGCUAAUAGCCAAAUUGGAAGCAAAGACUGAAUCAAUGGGCAGCACCAUACAUCAACUCGAUGAGAAGUUGCAAGAAGAUAAGUUAGCUAGGAAGAAUUUAGAAGACAGUGCUCGCUCGCUGGGACAGAAGGCAGCCGCUGCGGAAACCAGAGCCGUGGCUGCAGAAGGUGACCUCAGGAUAGAACGGGAAUGGAGGGUAUCUUUACAAGAAUCAAUGAUGCGGGAUCGAGAUAAGAUAUCGAUGUUGACACAAGAAGUGGAGUCUCUGAAAUCAAUAGGACAGAAAUAUCUCACACUGCAAGAAGAACAACAUCUAUUAAAAACUCAAUACGUAGAGGCACAGAAGACUCUAGAAGAAGUUGGGGCGACACUGAGCGAGAACAAAUUGCAACUAGCCGAGUUGUUAGAAAAGGAGGCUCAAGCACAAAAUGUUGAGGAGCCUCCAACAUGGACACAUGAUAAAGACGCCACAGCCUGUACUGCGUGUGCUAAGGAAUUCUCAAUUGCUAGGCGAAAACACCACUGCCGUCGGUGUGGCCAUAUAUUCUGCGCAUCUUGCAGCGACAAAACCGUCGCGUUAGCUGGCAACACCAAACCUGUGAGAGUAUGCGACGCUUGUUACGCUGAAGUAAGACUAACGUAGCUAACACAAUUGUAGAGUAGUUUAAUAUAAUUAUUAUAUGAAUUAAUCAAAUUGACCAACACACAUUGAUAAAACCUUAAAUGAUCUGCCUAAAUUUGAUUUCGUACGUGAAAUUUACUUCUUAAAUUAGAAUUCAUGUUUACCUAAUAUGCAAUCGAAGAGUUCAGAUUUUAUGCUAGAAACUGACGAAAUAAAUGGAAUUUAAUCUGCUUAUGUUUAAAAGUGGAAUCUUUAGCACAUGUAUGUACAUUAUUCGCACGGAAAAGGUUUAAUAUGCGAAACAGAAAGAUACACAUUUUUUUUAAAUGGCAUUUAAUUUUAAAUAG